CUAACCGCUCAGCCAUCUGACCCCCAGACAGUAUACUGCAGGCCUAUGUGUAACAGGUGUUUUAAGUUCUGUCACUUUUUUUAUAAUAAAAAUUUAAAUUCUCUUUAACUCAUAUCCACACAUCCAAACAAACACACUUGGAAUAUAUGAAACUAAUAUUUUAAUAAAUCGUUGCAAAUGGAAUAUUAGGACUCUUUCAAAACGAUUUAAUCGAAACUGGGCAAGGAGCGACAUCUCGUGGAUUCGUAGGCAAUGUAACUGACUACAUGGCAACAAAAAAAUAAAGCAGAAGUCAAAUAAUCACUUAUCGAAUCCACAUACUCUGAUUGUAGACGAUUCAUCAUAUUUUGAAAAAGACUAACUCGACAGACUUGGAAUGUAAUGCAUUUCUUUAGUUCCACAUCCAGACCAGAUCCGGACGGAGGGUUCGGUUUGGGGAACUUGUUGCCUAGCAGCACCAGACCCAAACAUGGUUACGUAAUUAAAAGCCUAUGUCUCUCAAGGGACGUCGAUUUAUCUUGAAAUAACUGAUCCUUGAGGCUUUGACCACAUCUCUAUUUUGUGAAUUCAAGUUAUUUUAAUGACAUCAAAAACGAAACCCAUAGGCCUAAGGAAAAGUAUCAUAAAUCUGAACAAAAACUGGCAGCCUACUUUUAUUUGUAACCAAACUUUUUUGGGGGGGCGAGUGCAUCGUUUGCCUAAAGUUUUUCUAAUCCACUGUAUGUGAAAUAAGUAGCCUCUCUAUGAAAUACUUUUACUUAAAGAAACAACAGGCGAUUUUGCGCAUGCAAGAACCCAGUGGUCGUGACGCCAUGACUAAUGUAAUCCGAGUCUCCAGCAAAUGAGAAUGUGAGAAUUUGGGGGAACAGUGGAGAACAAGAUGGCUGAUGCGGGAUAAAGAGGAAAAUGUUUUGUUUCUUUUUCUUGAGCGAGGAAUUUGCUUUGUAGAAGUCAGCUUGGUGUAAGCCUAAAACUUUUGUUAAUUUGUUACAACUGCAAACUAUUAACUUUUGUUCAAGUUUAACGCAGAUGGGUCAUCGUUUUUGGACACAGACAAGAUUGGGCUCCUGGAGUUGUUAUUCUGUUUUAGUAGUAGGCUCUAACAGUGCAGUUUAUGUCAAGAUAUAAUCGGUAACAUCACAAAUCAUUUCUCUGAGUGUUUAAUUCGACCAAACAAAGAGGGAAUUUGAAGUUUACCCACCUUUAUGAAAUUACAGUCUUUCACCAAAUAUUUUAAUGGUGCGUAAUAUUUUCCGUGGUAGGGAAAGUGCGAUGGCCGAAUAUAACAACUGUAGUGACUAGAGAGGUUCGGACUAGUUUCGUAAAUGUAGUGGACUUUUAGAUCUGCAUUACUUGACCAACACAAUGAGCUCACCCGGCGUCAAAUCACAGCAACCGCUGAGCCAACCGGGCAGGGUCCCCGCGAGCGCCACGGGUGCGUCUCUGCCUCACCGAAUGGACACGAGCGAAGGGAUAGAGAUGGAAAAUAUCCAGCACCAAGACUUGGGUCUUGGGGGAGUCAUUGGCACGCCAUCCCCUCCCUCCAGACAAGCAUGGAGCCGGGAUAACCCGGGGUUCGAACCCGAGGAUGAGAUGAUGGAGGCGGACUGGCCCCCGGCUAGCCCAGGGAGGAGAUCGGUAUCUGCAACUUCUAGUCCUAGCUGCAGCAGCGGACUGGGGAGCUACGGUGGUACCGGUAGCAGUUCCAGAAUGCACCGGGGGAUGUACCCCACACCGACUGUGGAUGCUCUACAGCAAGACAGACCGGAGCGUCUCACCUGUAUGAAACAGAUUCUCCAGAAGAUAAGAAUUCUCUGGGGCACGCAGUUGAUGGAGGCUAGCGACAGCACCCGCGAGCGCUACCUGAGGAAUGUCCUGAGGGAGCUGAUCACCUACGUCAUGUUCCUCAUCACCCUGUGCAUCCUGAGCUACGGGGCGGUGAGCUCCAACAUGUACCACUACACCAGGGUGAUGAGUCACCUGAUCCUGGACAGCCCUCUUUCUCCUGGGGAACACACCACCUUCAGAACCCUGGUCACCACGCAGGACUUCUGGAAGUUCACAGAGGGACCCUUCCUGGAUGGGAUGUACUGGGAGUCGUGGAACCCCAACAGCUCCCUGCUGGAGAACCACAGCCUGAUCUUCCAGGAGAACCUUCUCUUGGGGGUUCCUCGGCUGCGGCAAGUCAGAGUUCACAAUCGCUCCUGCUCUGUGCACCCAGACCUGCAGGGGGAGCUGCAGGACUGCUACGACGCCUACACCCCCGGGAACGAGGACAGCGCCCCCUUCGGACCCAAGAACGGAACUGCGUGGCGCUACACAGCAGAGGGCCGUCUGAAUGGGAGCAGCUCUGGGGGGCAGGUGUCCACCUACGCUGGGGGCGGGUUCUACCAGGACCUGGGGCGGAGCCGGGAGCGAAGCGCAGAGCUGCUGCGAUCCCUCAGGGAGAACCUGUGGCUGGACAGAGGAACCCGGGCAGUGUUCCUCGACUUCUCUGUCUACAACGGGAACAUCAAUCUCUUCUGCAUUGCCAGGCUGCUGGCGGAGUUUCCUGCCACGGGCGGUGUGUUGACUUCCUGGCAGUUCCAGACAGUGCGUCUGAUUCGCUACACGUCGGGCUGGGACUACUUUGUGGGCAUGUGUGAGCUGGCCUUCUGCCUGUUUACUCUGUACUACGUGGUGGAGGAGGUCCUGGAGAUACACAUCCACCGCCUGCACUACUUCAAGAGCCUAUGCAACUGCCUGGAUGUGCUCAUCGUAGUGCUGAGUGUAGCUGCCAUCAUAAUGAACAUCACCAGGACCUCCAUGGUCAGCAGCCGCCUCAAACACCUGCUGGAGAACCAGGACGGCCACCCCUGCUUCGGCCCGCUGGCCAGCCUACAGGUCCACUUCAACAACAUGGCCGCAGUCCUCGUCUUCCUCUGCUGGGUCAAGCUGUUCAAGUUCCUCACCUUGAACAGGACGAUGAGUCAGCUGUCCAGCACCAUGUCUCGCUGUGCCAGGGACCUUCUGGGCUUCUCCAUCAUGUUCUUCAUCAUCUUCGUGGCCUACGCCCAGCUGGCCUACCUUGUGUUUGGCACGCAGGUGGACGACUUCAGCACCUUCCAGGCUUGCAUCUUCACCCAGUUCAGGAUCAUCCUGGGAGAUCUGGAGUUCUCAGAGCUCGAGGCAGCCAGCCCUGUACUGGGGCCUGUGUAUUUCACCACCUUCGUGUUCUUCAUCUUCUUCAUCCUCAUGAACAUGUUCCUGGCCAUCAUUAACGACAGCUACUCUGAGGUGAAGACAGACAUGGCUCAGCAGAGGCCAGAGAUGCAGAUGACAGACCUUAUCAGAAAGAUCAAGAGGUCGCUGGUUCAAAUCCCCCUCCUCCAGGGCUGCGACAGGGCCCUGAUGAAGCUGCGACUGAAGAAGACCACGGUGGAUGACAUCUCAGCCAGCCUCCGCCAGCACGGUGCCAAGCUGCACCUGGACCAGCUCAGACAGGACCUCAGAGGGAAGGGACACACAGACGCAGAGAUUGAGGCCGUGUUCUCCAAGUACGAGCAGGGAGGAGACCAGGAGCUCACUGAGCAGGAACGCCAGCAGAUGAAGGACGACCUGGAGAAGGAGAGGGAGGACUUGGAUCUGGAACGCAGCUCGUUGCCCCGGGCAACCAGUGGGCGGAGCUUCCCCCGUUGCCAGGACGACUCUGAGGAGGAUGACGACGAGGACAGCGGCCAUAGCUCCCGUCGCCGUGGCAGCAGCUCAGGGGGCGUGUCCUAUGACGAGUUUCAAGUGCUGGUGAGGAGGGUGGAGCGCAUGGAGCACUCCAUCGGCAGCAUCGUGUCCAAGAUGGAUGCUGUGAUGGUGAAGCUGGAGGCCAUGGAGAGAGCCAAGCUGAGGAGGAGAGACGUGCUGGGGAGACUGCUGGACGGGGUUAUGGAGGAUGAGAGGAUGGGCAGGGACACGGAGGCUCACAGGGAACAGAUGGAGAGGCUGGUGAGGGAGGAGUUAGAACGCUGGGAGUCUGACGACACCGUCUCACAGGUCAGCCACCACCAGCCGCCCACUCCCAUUGGCCCAGGGGCCCAGGCCCGCCCACGCAGCGCCCGCCCCUCCUCCUCCCUGUCCAAUGACGUGCCAGAGUCCGGAGGAAAUGGGAGUGGCCAUGUGUGAAACCAUGACAACGUGGAGGGAAGAUUGUGUUGUUUAACCGGUUCAAAUCUUAAGAUGCUGGUGUCUGUGAAUCAAGUCAACCAAUUAUUUUGAAUGAGUUAAAAUCAAGUGUUAAUCCAGAAGUCUUAAGGGAUAUUUUUAUGCAUACUAUAUUAGGGUAUAUAUACUACGCUUCGUCUGUUCCAGCUCAGAUUUAGGAUGAUUGCCUUUUUUUUUUUAUCCUUAGUUUUUCACACAGUCAGUUGCACUUAGACCAUUCUAAGGUAAAUAUUAAGGCGUAGCAUCAAGAAUAUCAACAUUAAUAACCCUUUAUAACCCUUUAUCCACCCAAACGCAAAGUGUGUGAGAUCAAACAGGAACGUUUGUGAAGAAAAUACAUCUCUUUUAGGAGAACCUUAAUACAAUGAAGGAUUUUGUCUAGAUGAAGGAUAUUUGAUCUUGAUCAUGUGAGAGGGGCUUGAUCAUGUGAGAGGGGCUGGAUCAUGUGAGAGGGGCUUGAUCAUGUGAGAGGGGCUUGAUCAUGUGAGAGGGGCUUGAUCAUGUGAGAGGGGCUUGAAGCCUACAAAGGAUAUUUCAUGGUUUAUAUUGUAAGAGCACAUAGUAGUAUUACCAGCUAUGUUAACCCUUGCAGGUAACAGCUGUGUUAACCCUUGCAGGUAACAGCUGUGUUAACCCUUGCAGGUAACAGCUGUGUUGACCUGUGCAGAUAACAGCUGUGUUAACCCUUGGAGUUAACAGCGUGUGUUGACUUGUGCAGGUAACAGCUGUGUUGACCUGUGCAGGUAACAGCUGUGUUGACCUGUGCAGGUAACAGCUGUGUUGACCUGUGCAGGUAACAGUAUGUCUGUCAAGGUCCCUUUUGACAUCAGACCCAAAAUGGUCUCGUCUGAAAAUGUUUUACUUGUUGCUUAUAUAGUAUCUUAAGGUACGCCAGAUCUUGCAUUAUACUCUCAUCUUCUGUAUCACUUUGUAAUGAUUUACACUUUGUAAAGACUUACAAAUACUUGGUUUAUGGACGUAUAUUAUACAUAUUGUAACUUGAAACAAACUUCGAUUUGGAGUGCAUCUUGUCUUCAUGAGAAACUCAUGUGUUUUAGUUUGGAUUCCUGUGCUGUGUGUACCUCACAGGAGCCCGUAGUCUUUGUGUUUUUUACCUUUAAGGAUAUAUCCCUGAUGUGGACAACCAAAUAAAAUGUCUCAUGUCACAACCAGGAA